CAUAGUCCGGCACGGUUACAAAUAACUUCCACCCAUAAACCAAUCCCAAUCCCGUCUCGUCUUCCUGCCCGCCAUCUCUGCCGCCGCGGCGACCAAACCCUAGCCCGCCCCCGCCACACCACGACAGCCCGCGCGCCCUACUCCGCCGCGGCAAUGUUCUACUCCCACUCCGUCCUGGCUCGGAAGAGCCCGCUGGGCACGGUGUGGAUCGCCGCGCACCUGGAGCGCAAGGCCAUCAACCGGACGCAGAUCGACGGCGUCGACGUCCGCUCCUACGCCGAGUCCAUAAUGGACCCCGAGGUCCCCAUCGCGCUCCGGCUGUCGGCGCACCUCCUCCUGGGCCUCGUCCGCAUCUACUCGUGGAAGGUGAACCACCUCUUCCAGGACUGCAACCGCAUGCUGAGCGCCAUCAGGACCGCCGCCGCCUUCGCCCCCGCGCGGCCGGAUAUCGACCUGCCGCCCGACGCCGACCGCGCGCCCUUCGCGGCCAUCUCGCUGCCGGCGACCUUCAGCCUGGACGACUGGAACCUGGACGACGCGAUCCUUCUGAUUGAGUCGCCGGAUAACCACCGGAGAGCCGCCGAUGAGAUCACCUUGCCUGCAGAACAGUAUGUGAUGGUCACCCUUGAUGAGGACGGGCCUUCUCCUGCCUGUCGGUCCUUGCGCUUUGAGCCUGAGCCACAAGAGGAGGGAACAUUCCCUCCGUUUCCAGAGGAUGCGGUUUCUGUAGAUCUUCCGCCCCAGGACAGUUUUCAUACCAAUGGGAACCAAGAUUCACCGGAAAUAUUGCGUCGAGCGCCCGAUAGUGUGACAAGGUUUACUGAUGGCUCUGGCAGUGACCCCAUGGACGAAGAUCCGUCGCCGUUCAUAGAAAAGGUUACCACACCACCGGCAAUGCACCCAUCUUUAUCCCCUGUUAGAGGAUCGUCUUUCCCUGGGACAUCCAUUCCAGACCUACCAACAGGUGUCAGCCAUGAUCCUAUUCCUAUGGAAGAAGAUGAAGAACCAGUCGGCACUGGAACCCUGGUACCAGCUGCAGCAUUUAUCCUUGAACCAUCUCCACCUCCAGUUCAAGGUAACAAGAGAAGGAGAACGCAGAAUAAUGCACAAGUGAACCCGAGAAUCGACGAAAUAGUAGUGCUCCCCAACGACGAUAUGAGGUCGCAAGUCGAUGGCGAUAACUUGCAAAGGCUGGUCCGCAGGAGGAAGCCACUACCCCAUACAGCACUGGAUACGUGGAGAUUCAACAGGAUAAGGCAAAAGGACAGCUUACUCUCUGAACCUUUGGUACAAGGAAUGUGUACCGACCUUCAGAAAGCUUACGAGAGGAACUACCCUCGUGUGAGUGACUCUCAUGCUGAUGCUGAUGCUGCAAAGAUUGUUGACGGGGAUGCACCUCCAAGAAAUGCAGAUACACAUGAGCCUGAGCCUCACGUGACCCCAAUGUCUUCACAGGAGCCUGAACCUCACGUCACCCCAAUGUCUCCUGUAAACGGAGAAGCAACGCCAUUUGAUACGACACCUGAGCUCCCUCGGUUCUCUCUGCAAAUGGAUCUAUCUCCAGUAAGAGAAGAAGAUGACAGUCCUUUCAUCAAAACUCCUGCAGGUAGAAAUGGAACCCCAGGGUCUGGACUCGGAGGAACUGGUGCUACUGCUACUGCACCGCCAACACAUGGCAGCGAUGCAACGCCUGGACAAAACACUCGUGGUUCUGAUCCUAACGGGUCUCAGUUCCCUUUCGGCGACGACUACCUAGAUGAACAUCUGCCAGAGAUUCCAGUGCUCAUGAACACCCCUAGCGUGAUGUCCAGCGCAGAUACCGGCGCCACGGGACAGAGCAGCAUGUCUACUAGGACAAGGGCUGCCGCCAAGUUCUACAAAGGCAUGAUGUCCUCAGCCACAUCAGAGGAUCAGCAGCGAGGGAAAUUCAGUUUGAGCAUAAUCUUGGACGGGAGGACAAGGAAGCAAGCUGCAAGCAUGUUCUUCGAAACGUUGGCCCUGAAGAGUUACGAUUAUAUCGACGUGUAUCAGGAAGAGGCGUAUGGUGACAUUUCAGUUUCUGUUAGACCCUCGCUCUCGAGCGCCAAACUUUGAAUACCUAAAUUGGUUUCUCUUAAGUUUAGUGUUUCGAUGUACCGUAACAGUGUCUUAGGCAUACGGCAUACCAGUGUGUGGAUAUUGCCAUGUUAUUUACACCUUAUCCUAAUCUUCCUGUAAUAUUUGCCGUGUAUCUCCAUUUGUG